UUAGCCUUACGGCGGGCCCAUGGUGGAAGGGAAUUUGGAAUUAAAGGGAAAAUAUAUCGCUAAAUCGACCAUUCGAUUUUAUCUUAUAAGUACACACAGUACCUUAGCUCAUCAAUUAUUUAAGAAUGGAAAACGAAUGACGAGACUGGACGUUAGCGAGUAAUAAACUCGGAAGCGGUGGGUGGUGUGCGCACCUCCGAAGUCUGACCUGAAGGCCGCUCCGUCUACCUCUUCUGCAGCGACCUUGUUUUGGGUCAUCCUCUGGAAUCAGUUCAGAUGCCCUGGGUGGUUCGGACAAAGGAUCCGCUUCGGGAAAGUUGUAUUCCUGGUCGUAGUGUUGGUGUUUGCAGCGAGGCUGCAGUUGACUGACCCACUGAACAAUGGCUCAGUUUCCCACGCCCUUUGGAGGAGGUCUGGACGCCUGGGUGAUCUCUUUGGACGAGCGAGCCAAACAUGACCAGCAGUUUGUCAGCCUGGCCCCCUCACCAGCUGGCUACAUCACAGGUGACCAGGCCAGGAAUUUCUUCCUGCAGUCAGGCCUGCCCCCUCCCAUCCUGGCACAGAUAUGGGCCCUGGCCGAUAUGAACAAUGAUGGGAAGAUGGACAUGCACGAGUUCUCCAUCGCCAUGAAGCUGAUCAAGCUCAAGCUGCAGGGUCACCCCCUGCCCCCCUCUCUGCCCCCCUCCAUGAAGCAGCCGCCCCUCACCCUGCCCCCGCCACCCACCGCACCCUUUGGAAUGCAUGGUUUAGGUGUAAUGCCAGGCCUCCCAGCAGUCCCUCCAUUACCCAUGCCCCCUAUGCCAGGGGUGGGUAUGUCCCCCCCUCUGGUGUCGUCGGUUCCCCCGUCUGUACCCCUGCCCAACGGAGCGCCAAUGACGGGCUUCUCCCACCCAGCCACCACACUCAACAAAAGCUCUUCUUCCAACCGCUCCGGUGCCAAGAUGCAGGGCCAGUCUUUUGAGACUUCUAGCUCUCCCCUGUGCCCCCAGCCUCCCACUGACUGGGCUGUUCCCAGCUCGUCCCGGCUAAAGUACCGGCAGCUCUUCAACAGCCACGACAAGAUGAUGAGCGGCCACCUCACCGGACCCCAAGCAAGAACCAUCCUGAUGCAGUCCAGCUUGCCCCAGACCUCACUGGCAUCCAUAUGGAACCUGUCGGACAUCGACCAGGACGGCAAGCUGACGGCCGAGGAGUUCAUCCUGGCCAUGCACCUAAUUGACAUGGCCAUGUCCGGCCUGCCCCUGCCCCCUAUCCUGCCCCCAGACUUCAUCCCCCCCACCUUUAGGAGGGUACGUAGUGGUAGCGGGGUGUCUGUCACCAGCCUGCACUCCACUGACCAGCGGGUCCAAGAGGAGGCCGAAGAGGAGCAGGAGAGCGAGAAACAGAAGCUGGAGAAACUGACUUUCGAGGACAGGAAGCGGGAGAACUUUGAGCGGGGCAACCUGGAGCUGGAGAAGCGUCGACAGGCCCUGCUUGAGCUGCAACGCAAGGAGCAAGAGCGUCUGGCGGCGCUGGAGCGCGAGGAGCAGGAGAGGAAGGAGCGCGAGCGGCUCGAGCAGGAGAGGCGGCGGCAGCAGGAGCUGGAGAAGCAGCUGGAGAGGCAGAGGGAGAUGGAGAGGCAGCGGGAGGAGGAAAGACGCAAGGAGAUUGAGAGGAGAGAGGCGGCAAAGCGGGAGAUGGAGCGUCAGCGUCAGUUGGAGUGGGAGAGGAACCGCCGGCAGGAGCUGCUGACCCAGAGGAACCGAGAGCAGGAGAACAUUGUCCUGCUCAAAGCCCGCAAGAAGACCCUGGAGUUAGAGCUGGAGGCACUGAACGACAAGAAGAGCCAGCUGGAGGGCAAGCUGCAGGACAUCCGCUUCCGCCUGUCUGCCCAGCGGCAUGAGAUCGAGAGCACCAACAAGACCCGCGAGGUCCGCAUCGCUGAGAUCACCCACCUCCAACAGCAGCUGCAGGACUCUCAGCAUUGGCUCGGCAGGCUGAUCCCUGACAAACAGUGUCUAAACGAACAACUCAAACAGGUUCAACAGAACAGCCUGCACAGAGACUCCCUGUCGUCGCUGAAGAAGGCGUUGGAGGUCAAGGAGUCUAGUCGGCAGCAGCUGAGAGAACAGCUUGACACCGUGGAGAGAGAGACCCGCUCCAAGCUGCUGGAGAUAGAUGCCUUCAACACCCAGCUCAAGUCUCUGGCUGUGUUCUAUCAGGGCCACACUGCCCGGAUAGAGGGCCUCCGUCUGGAGCUGCUGCUGGAGGAGCAGAGGGGGCGACAGUCCGAGGGGGGCUCGGUGGACCAGAUGCUGCUGGACUGUCUCUCGGCCCUCCUGGCCUGUUUGCAGCGUAUAGACGUCUACCUGCAGGAGCUCCGAGAGAUCCACAGCAAGCAGCAGAGGCAAAAGCAGAAGGAUCACCUGGAGGGAGAAAUCAACAUCCACGCCAUCGCCCAGGAGAGGGCCAAGUCCGCCGAGCUCACAGACGGAAGGUUGUCUGCCACUGACGAGGGCCUGGCGUGGCGAGAUGAGGGCACGGUGGAGGCCCCCACCCCACCCCCGCCCUGGAUGAAACGCGUGAGUGAGGAGGAGGGGCGCACUAAGAAGGACAUGCAGGACAAACUCAACCAGCUCUUCAUGCAGCAGCCUGAACCAGGGAAACUCAUGAACCAGAGCCCAUGGCCCACGGGCGACAAGAUUCCGGUGACUGGGUUCAACCAGGACAAGGUCAAGGUGGUCUUCUACCGGGCGCUGUACCCCUUUGAUGCCCGCAGUCACGAUGAGAUCACCAUCACCCCCGGAGACAUUGUCAUGGUGGACGAGUCCCAGACAGGUGAGCCAGGCUGGCUGGGCGGCGAGCUGAAGGGGAAGACGGGCUGGUUCCCUGCCAACUACGCAGAGAAGAUCCCAGAAACCGAGGUUCCCAUGAGCCUGCGGGCCAGUGCUGCCACCACGGGCGCUGCGCCCAAACUGGCCUCACGGCUCACACCCACCGCCGUCUCCACCACACCCACGCCACCCAGCCAGCCAAUGGCAACCCCCCCGGCAACAGCUCCCCCUGCCCCUGGUCCCUGCCCUGGCCCUGGUCCCGCCUCUUCCUCCUCCUCUGCAUCUAGUAACUGGGCAGAUUUCAGCACCACAUGGCCGUCCACCAGCUCUGUAGAGAAGACUGAGACUGGGGAGGGCUGGGACGCUUGGCCCACCCAGCCAUCUCUCUCUGUGCCCAGUGCCGGGCCCGGGGGCCAGCUGCGCCAGCGCUCUGCCUUCACACCCGCCACCCUCACUGGCUCCUCUCCGUCUCCCGUCCUGGGACAGGGGGAGAAGGUGGAGGGCUUGCAGGCCCAGGCGCUGUACCCGUGGCGGGCCAAGAAGGACAACCACCUCAACUUCAACAAGAGCCACGUGAUCACAGUGCUGGAGCAGCAGGACAUGUGGUGGUUCGGCGAGGUGCAGGGCCAGCGGGGCUGGUUCCCCAAGUCCUACGUCAAGCUCAUCUCUGGCCCCGUACGCAAGUCCAUGAGCAUUGAGUCUGGCUCGUCCGACAGCCCCCCGAUCAUGAAGAGACCCACCCCGUCCCCUACCAAGUCCAUGGACCCAGGAGAAGAAUACAUAGCCAUGUACACCUACGAGAGCAAUGAGCAGGGCGACCUGACCUUCCAGCAGGGCGACGUCAUCGUGGUCACCAAGAAGGAGGGCGACUGGUGGACGGGCGUGGUCUCAGGCAAGACGGGGGUAUUCCCUUCCAACUACGUCAAACCCAAGGACUCUGAGGGACUGGGACCCGCAGGGAAGACUGGAAGCCUGGGGAAGAAGCCCGAGAUAGCCCAGGUCAUCGCCCCGUACACGGCCACGGGGGCCGAGCAGCUCACCCUGGCACCAGGCCAGCUCAUCCUCAUCAGGAAGAAGAACCCGGGGGGCUGGUGGGAAGGGGAGCUGCAGGCCCGGGGAAAGAAGCGGCAGAUUGGCUGGUUCCCGGCCAACUACGUGAAGCUCCUGAGCCCCAGCACCAGUAAGACCACGCCCACAGAACCCACACCCCCCAAGCUGCCAAUGCCCAGUGCAGGUAGGGGCCAGGAGCAGGGAUCUGACGGGGGCCCGCCAGGGCUUUGGGGCCCCUCCUUGACUCAACAUAUGACGGCAGUGUGUCAGGUGAUUGGCAUGUACGACUACAUGGCGCAGAAUGAUGACGAACUGCCCUUUGGGAAGGGCCAGAUCAUCAAUGUGCUGAGCAGGGAAGACCCUGAUUGGUGGAAAGGCGAGCUGAACGGUUCCGUGGGCCUCUUCCCCUCCAACUACGUCAAAAUGACCACCGACACAGACCCCAGCCAACAAUGGUGCGCUGACCUGCACCUGCUGGACAUGCUGACCCCCGUUGAGAGGAAGAGACAGGGCUACACGCACGAGCUCAUCGUCACCGAGGAGAACUAUGUCAAUGACCUGCAACUCGUCACCGAGGUCUUUCAGAAGCCUCUGCUGGAGUCGGAGCUGCUGACUGAGAAAGAGGUGGCCAUGAUCUUCGUCAACUGGAAGGAGCUCAUCAUGUGUAACAUCAAGCUGCUCAAGGCUCUGAGGGUUAGGAAGAAGAUGUCGGGCGAGCGGAUGCCGGUGAAGAUGAUUGGAGACAUUCUGACAGCCCAGCUGCCCCACAUGCAGCCCUACAUCCGCUUCUGCAGCUGCCAGCUCAACGGGGCCACGCUCAUCCAGCAGAAGACCGACGAGGUGCCCGAGUUCAAGGACUUUGUCAAGAGACUGGCCAUGGACCCAGGUUGUAAGGGAAUGCCCCUCUCCAGCUUCCUCCUCAAACCCAUGCAAAGGGUGACGCGCUACCCCCUCAUCAUCAAAAAUAUCCUAGAGAAUACUCCGGAGGCUCACCCGGACCAUAGCCAUCUGAAGCAGGCUCUGGAGAAGGCUGAGGAGCUGUGCUCCCAGGUCAAUGAGGGUGUCAGGGAGAAGGAGAACUCUGACCGGCUGGAGUGGAUCCAGGCCCACGUCCAGUGUGAGGGGCUGUCUGAGCAACUCGUGUUCAACUCGGUGACCAACUGCCUGGGCCCGCGCAAGUUCCUGCACAGCGGCAAACUCUACAAGGCCAAGAGCAACAAGGAGCUGUACGGUUUUCUAUUCAACGACUUCCUCCUGCUGACUCAGAUCAUCAAGCCCCUGGGCUUCUCGGGCUGCGACAAGGUGUUCAGUGCCAAGUCCCACCUGCAGUACCGCAUGUACAAGACCCCCAUCUUCCUGAACGAGGUGUUGGUGAAGCUGCCAACAGAUCCCUCGGGAGAUGAGCCCAUCUUCCACAUCUCCCACAUCGACAGGGUCUACACCAUCCGGGCAGAGAGCAUCAACGAGAGGACUGCUUGGGUGCAGAAGAUCAAGGCAGCUUCGGAGCUCUUCAUCGAGACAGAGAAGAAGAAGAGGGAGAAGGCUUACCUGGUUCGCUCACAGAGGGCCACGGGCAUCGGCCGGCUGAUGGUAAACAUUGUGGAGGGCAUCGAGCUGAAGCCCUGCCGCUCCCACGGUAAGAGCAACCCGUACUGCGAGGUGACGAUGGGUUCCCAGUGCCACAUCACCAAGACCCUGCAGGACACGCUCAACCCCAAGUGGAACUCCAACUGUCAGUUCUUCAUCAAGGACCUGGAACAGGACGUGCUGUGUGUCACCGUGUUUGAGAGAGACCAAUUCUCUCCUGACGAUUUCCUAGGCAGGACAGAGAUCCGUCUGGCAGACAUUAAGAAGGACCAGGGCUCCAAAGGGCCCAUCACCAAGAGGCUGCUGCUCCACGAGGUGCCCACAGGAGAGAUUGUCGUACGACUGGACCUGCAGCUCUUCGAGGAGCCCUAGCCCAUCCCAGUUCAUCCCAGCCCUGCUCAGCUCAGCCUAACCCAGCCUAGCCUAACACCCAUAUACUGUACACCCCCCCCCCCCAAACCCCGUUAUCCCUGCCCGAAGACUCACCAAGCUCUAGUGACAAUCCCCAAUGGCCCAGCCCCACACUCCUGUGUGUGUGUGUGACUGUGAAUGAAUGUCUGCAGAAGGGUUUUAAUUAUGGUGUGGGUUUUUUUCUCCUCUUUAUGAUUUGUAUCAUUAUGGUGUAUAUAUGAUAUCAUGAUUCCACUAUUAUUUGAUUGAACAAAAUUAUGAAGCAUUCCACAGCUAAUCUAAAAUCUCAAAGGCCGUCUUAUAACGCAAUGAACCUUUGAAACAUGAUAUACUGUGGAGAAAUGUUUGAACAACACAUAUGAUCAUUGCUUAUGCACUGUAUGUCUUAAAGAGCCCACCCUGUGGCAUUAACACCUGGGGUGUGUUCAUUAGUCAACAAGCGGAAGAAAACGGACAAACCGGGCGAGACUCCCUUGUCCAAUAAUAAACGUUAAUUUUCUUUUCACGUUGCAAAACGUUUUAAAACGCCUUCCGUUGUGUGGCCAAAUGAACACCACCCAGGUGACCACACUUGUUGUGCCAUCCCUGUGACAACAUACGGCAACCUCCCAUAUAACCUUUGACACUGUGUUCAUGUUUAUAAACAUACGGCUAUUAUGUCAUUGCAGGUCAGACCAUUUCAAAAGCUUGUCUGAAGCCCAUCUAAUAAACAACCCCUGGUUGUUUUAGCUGGAACUUCUUCCCUUGUGUUUCUUUCAUUCAAACGUGACCCAGGUUUCGAGUUAUUUGUUCGUUUCUGUGUACGUCUGUUUGAGACCAGGGUACAAAAGCAGGUGCAGUACAUAAGUGAAUGUGAGGAGGAGAGCUAUACUUUGUGAUAUACCUUCAAAGGUUUGGUGAGACACUUUGGAAAAAUGUGUUAGGGAAUUAAAGAGCUGUGUUGUGUUCGUAUACUACAGUAUGCUGAGACUGAAUAUGAAGCUAUCAGUAAUCUUUACACUGUACCUUUAUAUGGUCCACAUAUUGAGCGUUGUGUUUUAGAUUGGAAAUUCAAAUGAAAGGCCAGACGAAAUGUUUGGGUGUAUUUGAAACAUUACAGAAGUACUGUACGAAAGUACACGCUAUCAAAUUGGCUUAGCCCAAAAUAUAUUGUUGUACGGUUUGAGGGAAAUUGAAGAGCAGAUUUCCUGUUUUCUAAAUGAUGUGUAAAUGAGUGCCGAUUUCUAGUUACAUUUGCAGCGUAGGCCAAGAUGAUGGAGUACCAAUGUACUACAAAUCAUUCGUUUUUUGAUGGUUAGAAGAAUCAUACGGUGAUGUCAGGAAUGUUUUUGUACUUGUUCCGAAAAAUUCAGUUAUUUUCAACGCAUUCAUAUCUUCACGUUUUGUAUGUAUAUUUUAGUUGUUUUUAAUUACAUUUUUUCGUACGGCAAAAAAGCACCAUUUAAUAUAGAGUGCUAUAUUUAUGUGUUGGAAAGCCAUUUUGUAGGUGUUUUGGAGACUGCGGUCAGGCUUUGUUAUGAUGGACAUAUUCCGCCAAUGCUGUAACUGUUUGUGAAGAGGAGGCAUUUCAGGUUCAUUCAAUUUGGGUCUCAAAUGAAUAUAUUUCCUUUGCAAGAGAACAGGAAUGAUUUUUUUGUUUUUGUUUUGUGUGGCACUGUGUUCAGUUGAACAACACUGUAUUACAUAUUUAUUGACGUUAAGAAAGACCAUUCGGACAAAAGGGAAAUAUCAGCCUCCAGGUUGCUGCAAUAUGCAAUCUACUCCGAGGUAUGAGACCAUUUGAAUCUUUCACAGGGUCUUAUCUGUUCUUUUGUUCUUUAUGACGACCCUCCCAUUAUCUUGGGUUCCGCGUUCGAAAGGAGAUGUACAAGGAUAUCCGAAGGCAGCAGAGACGACUGACUUCAGUCUGUUAAUGUUAGCAUAGUUUGUCUAAUGUUAGUUUAAUGUAUGUUGUUGUUACCAGCUAUGUGUCCGUGUAGAUAAUGUACAAAUACUAGUGAAAUUCCACUGCCGUGUUAGUGAGAGUGGUCAAGGAGAACAGCGUUUGCAGAGCCUGUGUUCCUUAUGUGUAUGUCUAGGAGGGAGUGAGUAACAUUAACUUACUAUUCUCGAGUGCUUUUGGGUUUGUGCUGGGUCUCUGUUCAAGUUGGAGGACUUAGAUUAUGACUAGUCAUUUCCCUAUAGCGUGCGACCUGUACCUCCACUCUUUCCCGGUUACCCCACAGUAGUGCCCUUUUAAUGUUCACUCUAAAACCAGUGAUGGUCUCUCUUCUUUUUAAUGAGCAAAGUCUUAACUGAUAAAGUACAGUAUGUGAAUAUGUUGAAAUAUUUGAAAGGAGUAUAAGUAAUAUAUUACAACAACUACCGUAGAAUAAUGUUGAUGACAAUGUAUUGUUAUCAAGGUAUGAGAAGUGUAUUGUCUUAAAUGUUGAAAAUAAAAUUUGAUUGGACCAAUGA